AUUCUGCCAGUCAGUGUCAAAGCAAAUCUAAACACAAACCAAAGAGGCAGACAUUUCUGGACACCCACUGACACAGGUGUGAUUACUGCAGAAGACUUCAGAAAAGCCGCGGAGAGAGGGAACAGCCAUGAGUCUGCUGUGAUAAUGGAUCGCAGCAGGGCAGAGAGGAACAGAACUCAAAGAUGUGGGAGCUACAAUGAUGUAAAUGAGCAUGAGUACGACGUGGUGGAUGACCAACAGGAAGGGCUUGGUGUGUGCAUACUUCCUGCCAGGCCCAUAGAUGAUGAGAGGGAGUACGCAGACAGGGAUCUUCCAAGGUCAUCGUCUGCUCAGAGCCUUUCAUCACUCUCCUCUGUUAACAUCCCCGUUCUUCCCAGAUAUCCGCCCAGAGAAACACCACAUAUUUCACGUAUCAUUAAAGGACCUGCAGUGAACAGAGACCUGAAACCGGGCAGACAAAGGACCAGAUUAGAUAAGAGGCUCAUACCUGUGCAUCUCGAAGAUCAGAACUCACACAGGGGCUCUCCAUCACCUCCACCUCCACCUUUUACCUCGAGGUUGGUCAACGACUUGUCUGCACCGACUGCACAUGAACCCCCCAGGAGAAGUGCACCACAAAAGGUAACCAAUAAUGGAGAUUCCAUCUCACAAAGCCGAGGUUCACACAGUGCUGACAGAGUUUCAAGCCUUCAGACCAACCAAAGACAUUCUUUGGAUUUGGAGACCCACACCUUAGAGAGGUCACACCAGAAUAUUGAAAGGGUGCCAUCAAAACGUCACCACCAUGAGUGGCCUCAGACCAAGGAGGACAUUGACCAAAAUGACUUUGUACCGAUGGGAAAACCUCAACAGACCUACAGCGAGGAGGACUGGUAUAUUGGGCCUUGUAAUCGAGCAGACGCUGAGCACGCCUUACACCUGGUGAACAAGGAUGGGGCCUUUUUGGUACGAGACUGUUCCCUCAGCAACAACAGCGAACCCUUGGUACUGGUUGUGUAUCACGAGAAGAAGGUCUACAACGUCAAAAUCCGGUUCAUUGAGAGCACCUGCAAGUUUGCGCUGGGAACGGCACAACGCUCAAACGAUAUGUUUGACACUGUAGCAGACAUCAUCAAGUUCCACUCCAUUUUUCCAAUAACAGUCAUCAGCGGGAGAAGUCUGCCUGGAAACAAACACCCAGAAAACUGUGUGCUGACAUGUCCAGUAACAAAGCGGGAUGUUGAGAUGCUGCUACGAUAACUAUUGCACCUUUCCCCCCGGUUCUUCACAUCCUGCAGCGUAGCUAUGCGACCUAAAGUAGCCUAUAUUAUCCAAAAAACAUUUACACUUGCAAAACAAUUUAACCAAUAUAUGUAUUGAUCAACCGACUAUAGGGGUUUUUGCCAUAAUUAAAAAAUGGAGCACUCAUUUAUGCAUGUGAAAAAUGUUAGAUGUAUGCCACUAAAUCAGCAUUGGUUCGCACAAAAUGAUUUUCUCAUUUUUCUUUUCAUAGUAGAAAUGGGAUUUGUGUCUUCUUUUCUGAUCAGCUCAUUAGCUGGCCGUUGAAUUUAGAUUAGAUUACAUUAGAUAUUUAUUUUAUCCUGUCACUGAACAACAUUUUGAGGGUAAGGAAGCAUCUGUAGCUAGUGCUGUUGCCGUGGUUACUAAUAGCGCUUUAGAAUAGUGGUUAGAACUUGCUAACAACAAGCUAACAGGCUAAUAAGGUGUCACUGUUGCCAUUAGCAAUGUAUUUCUAGGGUUUAAUUAAAGAAAUUAUUGCAUUAUCCAAAUGAUUUCCAGCUGAAGUUAACUGAGGUAGUUAGUGCAGAUGAUUAUACAGCUGCAUUUAGUGUUUAUAUUAUAAUACUAUAAUCACUUUCGUGUUAAACUGUAAGUGUUGUAGCUUGUUGGUCAGUACAGUUUUUUCACCUACUUUAAAUUUGAAACAUACAAUAUUCACAGUACCUGUAACAAGUAACUCUAGCUGUGAGAUACAAUUUAGUGUUAAUUAUUCUGAUGAUGGCUGAUGAUGUAUUUUGAGAUAACCAAAUUCAUGAUUUUUGAAAAAAAAAAACAUGAUUUCUUUAAAAUUCUUUUUUUGUAUUAGCAGUUGUACAUUUAAAAGAACGUGAGAGAAAUAAAAAAUUAGUAAAGGUUUAGUUUUGUCAAUUUAAACACUCGAGCCUGGAGGGUUUUUCAUUUCAGAUAAUAGGCCUUUUCCACUAAACGUAUUGUAUUUUGACAAGUUAAUUGCUGAAAUCCAUUCAGCUGCUCUGGCUGCGGGGUUGUUUGACGUUGAGCAUGUUGCCCCACUGUCAUCAAGGACCUGUAAUUAAUGUUAUUAGCAACACCUGCGCUUGCUCCUCUAGGGGAAACCAACAUGGAUGUGGUGGAAAGGGUCAUUGUAAAUCAGUAUUUAUGUCUCUAAAGUGUUUGAAAUGAUCUCAGUAGGUUAAAACCCUGUUGAUCUAAAAUGAGGAGAAAAAAAAGGAAAAAUAAACAGGUCAUUGACACUGUGAGCAUAUUUAACAUGUUUUUAAUAGAAAAAAAAUGGGAGUUACACAAUUGUUAUUAUAAAAGCAUAACAGUGGUAAUGAGCACUGAGAAUGUAAUAAACCCCCAAAUACACUUUUAACUGGAACGUGGAUAAUUCUGACACAAAUGAAGAGUAAAUUAAAGAAUUAAAGGCAAAGUGAAACUUUUAGAAAGUAAUUAUAUAUGACAAACACUGCACAGCAGCUUCAGACACUGCAGUGUAAGGAAAGCUAAGUGUUGGUGCAGAUGAGGCCAUUCCCUAUGAACAGUAAUCACUUUCUAUAUUCAUAUUUAUACAUAUACACAAUAAUAUCUGAGCGUGAUCAGAAACGUAUGUACACAAUAAAACGUGGGGGCAACCAAACCCUAUAAAUUUAAUCACAGGUCUAGCACCUCAUACAUUGUGAUUAUAUCAUAAACAUGAACACACAGGCAUCAUUAAUGCUGUCAAAAGAAGAGAAAGAGAUCUGUCUCUGGAUAGGAGAUAGCCGUUUGUUUGAUGUUUUUGAAAAAUAUACAACGGGUUGUAAGGGCCCAUGAGUAUCGUCAUGGCAGGAGAAUACAAAAUAAAAAUGUACACGAUUUUC